AAACAAAAGCCCAAGAAAUGCCUCAGUCCACAAACAAAGAACUGAUACUUGGCAUUAUGGUGGGAACUACUGGCAUCAGCUUGCUUCUUUUGUGGUACCGCAAGAUUUGUAAACCAAGGACAGGAAUGAAUUUACCUAAAUUUCUUUCUCUGGGUGACACAUUUGAUCCAGUGACUUUGCAAGAUGAAAUGCAUAAUGGCCAAGACGCAGCAGCGAUCUUUCAAGGAAGGCAACUUCAGAUACUGGAGAAGUUAAAUGAAUUACUGACACAUGUGGAAGAACUGAAAUCGGAAAUCAGAGUGCUUAAAGAAGCCAUUCCGAAACUGGAGGAAUGUAUACAUGGUGAACUUGGAGGGAAGACCACAGCUCAUAAGAUAAGUCCUCAGCACAGAGCUAGAAAACGAAGGCUUGCCACAGUUCAAAGUUCGGGAGCAAGUAAUAGUUCAGAGGAAGCGGAAAGUGAAGGGGGGUAUAUUACAGCUAAUACUGACACAGAAGAACAGAGUUUUCCAGUCUCUGUAGCACUUAACACACAUGCAGAGGAAUUAAAUUUAGAUGCCCUUCUUCAGAAGGUAGAUAAUUUACGUACGAACGAGACUAGCAAGAUGGAAAGUUUUGAACUACUUUGUGACUACAAAGAAAAGUUUAGAGAUGAAGUAGAGUUUAUUUGGAGGUUUUCUCGUGCUUACGGAGACAUGUAUGAGUUAUCUACAAAUACACAAGAAAAGAAACAUUAUGCUAAUAUUGGAAAGACAUUAGGUGAAAAAGCUAUUACUAGAGCACCCAUGAAUGGACAUUGUCAUCUGUGGUACGCAGUUUUGUGUGGCCAUGUAUCUGAGUUUGAGGGCUUACAAAACAAAAUUAACUAUGGACAUCGCUUCAAGGAACAUCUAGAUAAAGCAAUCCAAUUUUUACCUGAAGAACCCUUUUUGUAUUACCUCACGGGAAGAUACUGUUACACUGUCUCGAAACUGAGCUGGAUUGAGAAAAAAAUGGCUGCUACUCUGUUUGGAAAAAUACCAUCCUCAACAGUACAAGAAGCUUUGCAGAAUUUCCUUAAGGUUGAAGAACUACACCCUGGUUUUUCUAAGUCCAAUUACAUGUUUCUGGCCAAGUGUUAUAUGGAUCUUCGACAAAUAGAUAAUGCCAGGAAGUUCUGCAAUUUGGCAAUGUUGCUUCCUUGUGUUACCAAAGAGGAUAAAGAUGCACAGAUAGAGGUGAAAACAAUGAGCGCUUCUCUGAAGAGGUAAAUAAAAGAACUUCAACAAAUCAGAUGUGGUCCACUAAAAUUUAAACUAAUCAAAGUUGUGUUAUUUUAUUAUCCUUUUUUUUCUUUUUUGAAAUGAAGGCAGUGUGCUCAGAUUUGAAAGUAAAACCAUAUUUCUGCAGAAUGCAUUCACUAAUAGCAUUACAAAACUAAUCAUGUUAUUUGGGCAAGUUUCUUCUAAUGUCAGUACAAAAUGAUCUUUAAAUAUGUACGCUUUGUAUUUUUCCUAUCAAUAAUCUAUAGUCUUCAGAUUAUUUCUUUAAAUAUUUCUUUAAAUAAAAUAUUUAAGUCAAUCCAACAAAAUGAACUCGAAUGAGUGUUUUAUUGUUGGCUUCAAUGGAGACCUUACAAAACAAAAUAAUUUCAUUCAUGUGGAUGAAAAUGGAAAAAAAUGAUCAAAGGACAUGAACAAGUUGUUGGUAACAGAGAUAAACAAAUGAAGAAAUGUAUUGUAAUUAGUAAUCAGAAAUGUGAAUAAAAUUACAGUAAGAUACUGUUUUACCAUCAAAUUAGCAAGGAUUGUUUUGUUUUUUUUUCUUUCUUUCAAGAAACAUUCAGUGCUGGUGAUACCAUGAGGUGG